AUGUCUCCAUCAGCAGUUGCCGCCAAAAAGACAUACAACAUCGCCUCCAUCCCAGCUGAUGGCAUUGGUCCUGAAGUCAUAUCAGCUGGAAUCGAGGCUUUGACUGCUUUGGCUGGUACACUUCAAACAUUUAACCUCGACUUUACGCACUAUGAUUGGAGUUCAGAUACCUACAAGAAGACGGGGAAAUACAUUCCUGAUGGUGGCCUUGAUCAGCUGAAGAAGCACGAUGCUAUCCUCUUUGGCGCCGUAGGGGCUCCUGAUGUACCUGAUCAUAUAUCUCUCUGGGGUCUUCGUCUCGCCAUCUGCCAACCCUUCCAGCAAUACGCCAAUGUUCGUCCCACACGCAUCAUGCGCGGAACACAAUCUCCUCUGCGUAACUGCAAAACCGGUGAUCUUGACUGGGUCAUCAUUCGCGAGAACAGCGAGGGCGAGUACGCAGGUCAAGGCGGUCGUUCACACCGCGGUCAUCCAUGGGAGGUUGCUACCGAAGUUUCUAUCUUCACACGCCACGCCGUCAACAGACUUAUUCGUUUUGCCUUUGAGAUCGCGCAAAAGAGACCGAGGAAGCAUUUGACUGUUGUUACCAAGAGCAAUGCUCAGCGUAAUGGUAUGGUGUUGUGGGAUGAAGUUGCUGCUGAGGUCGCAAAGGACUUUCCUGAUGUGACGGUGGAGAAGAUGCUGGUUGAUGCUAUGACUACCAAGAUGGUUCUCAAGCCUGAGAGUAUUGAUACCAUUGUCGCAAGCAACCUACACGCAGACAUCCUCUCCGAUCUAGCAGCAGCCCUCGCAGGCUCAAUUGGCAUCGCACCAACAAGCAACCUAGACCCAACCCGCGAGAACCCAUCCAUGUUCGAGCCCAUCCAUGGAUCAGCCUUUGACAUUACUGGUAAAGGCGUCGCUAACCCUGUCGCUACAUUCUGGACAGCAGCCGAGAUGCUCUCUUGGCUUGGUGAGGAGGAUGCGUCGGCCAAGUUGAUGGAGUGCGUGGAGAACGUGACGGCUUCUGGGGUUCUGACGCAGGAUCUUGGUGGUAAUGCGACGACUAAAGAAGUUACCGAUGCUGUUGUGGCAGAGAUCAAAAAGCUUGGAGAAGGUUCAGAUUAA